UAUAAAAGUCGUGGAGAUUUCCCCUCUCGAACAAUUUAUCAAUCACCCUUCAGAGACGACAAGGAAUCCUAGGCCACCACAACCCUUCUAUUCCUAUCUUAGCCGCAUCAAUCUUUAUUAGCAAGAUAUAUAAUUUCCUAAGAUGAAGUACUCAAAGACACUUGCAAGCGCUGGGCUAUUUCAUCUGGCCCUUGGCCUUCCAAGGCCUCAGAUGACAUACGAGGAAAAUAAGGGGGAUGUUGGUGGUGUCAACCCGCCUAUUCCAACUUACAGCGGCGCACCCGUAGGAAACCUUCGCGGCUCAACGAACCUCCAAGGAGGCAUCGCAUCGCGUCCACCUGUCGACGGGGGCGACUCGGCCGUUGUGAAGGAUCCGCAGCUCGUGGGCGGCCAGGAAGCUGAUGCUAACCUUGGUCUCUACCUGGACUUCAAUAGCGCCGACUAUCCCAAUGGCCCACAGCCUAUUCGUGGUGGUCUGGGACAAACUGACCCUGGGCCGCGCACGUAUGAGUAUGAGAAGCUGAAUCCCGAUACCUACGCUCCACCUUCGACGGAUAAAGGCAGUGUGCCCCAAGCUAUGUGGCCUCUUGGUCUAAGUCACAACCUAUUCGGCUCAGGCGAGGAGUCGGGCUGGGCUCGGCAGCAGAAUCAAGACGUACUGCCCGUGGCUACUCAGAUGGCGGGCGUCGAUAUGCGUCUUGCACCGAAUGCGUAUCGAGAACUGCACUGGCAUACUUCCGGUGAAUGGGCCCUGGUCUUGAAAGGCUCGGUUCGCGUAGCCGCCAUCGACACUGAUGGAGCCUCCUUCGUCGACGACGUCACGGCUGGCGAUGUGUGGUUCUUCCCGCAGGGUGUCCCUCACAGCUUACAAGCCUUACACGAGGGCGCCGAAUUCCUGUUGAUCUUCGACAGCGGUACUUUUUCCGAGACAGACACCUUCCUUGCUACCGAGAUGCUCAUGCGCACGCCCAUAUCUGUCUGGGCCAAGGAUCUCCAGACCGAUGUCAGCUCGUUCGAUAACAUCCCUGACGCAGAGAAAUAUAUCUUCAACGGUACCCCUGCGCCAGCUAAUAUCUCAGAGCAGAAUAUCACGUCUUCCGCUGGCGCCCUCUGGGGCCCUUCAGGAUACACUUACCACUGGUCGCAACAAGAAUUCCACAACACCACCGGCGGAUCCGUCAAGAUCCUAGACCCGAUAACCUUCCCCGUAGCAGACAUGUUCUCCGCCGCGCUCGUAGUCCUCGAGCCCGGCGCCAUGCGCGAGGUACACUGGCACACCGAGAGCGACGAAUGGUCGUACUUCCUGCAAGGCUCCGCCCGCAUCACCAUCUACGAAGCCCCCGCCGCCUCCGCGACCUUCGACUUCACCGCUGGCGACGUCGGCUACAUCCAGAAGUCGGCCGGCCACUACAUCGAGAAUACCGGCACCGAAGACGUCAUAUUCCUAGAGGUGCUGCAGGCCAAGAAGUUUUCCGACAUCAGCGCUGCCCAGUGGCUCGCGUUGACGCCGCGCCAGAUUAUCAAGGACACUCUUAACCUGUCGGAUGCGGUGCUGGAUGCUAUACCUAAGGACAAGACUCUCAUCAAGCCUGGGAAUCCUAACAUGACUGCUAUUGCGGGUGGCGGUCAGAACUUUUAGGGUCUCGAGAAGAACGCCAUUUUAUAUACAAAUGUGAGCUUUUGAGAAAGGGAGUGCGUGGUCUAGUGAAGGUAUUAAUAGUUGAAUGUUGAGAAGGACAGCCGAUCACUAGUCGGUUAUAUAGACGGUAGGUUUCCUCUGAGUGCCUAGCCUACCGAGAUAUAGGGUGAUGUACAAAAAACUGCUACUUUGUAUUAUCGGGCCUGAAUAGCUUCACAAGCAUGCAACCUACAGCUGGCCACUACCUGAAAAGCCAACCGGCAGAAACCCAGGCAACGAAAUAACUACCCAAGGUACCUCAACAAAUGUACCUACCCACCAAGUAAAGGAUAUAUAUCUAAAUUACAAGCGAUC